AUGGAAGGACUGGAGGACUUGACGGUGGCUGACUUGAUUGAUCCGGACUCAAAGGACUGGAUGGUAGACUGGCUGGAAGAGUUAUUCUUUGCUGAUGAAGUUGAAAUGAUUCGUAAAAUCCCUCUCAGCUUGCGAAAUCCAGAAGACCAGUUGAUUUGGCACUUUGACAAACGUGGUUUGUACUCGGUGAAGAGUGGGUAUCAUGUAGCGAGAUGUGUUGCCUCAUUAUCCUCUCAUGUCUCUACGUCUAGUUCACAGGGAGAUAAAGACUUGUGGAGACGAGUUUGGCACGCUAGAGUACAACCAAAGGUGCGAAACUUUGUGUGGAGACUUGUCAAGAAUAUUGUGCCUACAAAGGUUAAUUUGUGUAGGAGGGUGAACUUGGAUGAUCCUCCCUUGGGCUGCGAGCUAGGAACCAUAUAUGCCAUUAAUUCCAUGAAAGAAUGGGUAUUGGAUAUGCUGGAUGUCCUAAACAAAAGCCAGGUUGACAUUUUCUUCAUGCUACUAUGGGCUAUAUGGUCUGAACGAAACAAAUUGGUCUGGAAUGGCGGUACUUUCAAUCCCAUGCACACCGUUACGUGGUCAAUGCAUUUACUGUCAGAGUACCAGCGUUGUCAUCCUGAGAAAAGCUCACACAAGAGCCCUAGAGGAGCUACAGCUAAAUGGGUGUUUCCUCCGCGUGGGAGACUUAAAAUAAAUGUUGAUGGUGCCUACAAGAGUAAUGCAGGGAGUGGAGGAAUAGGGGUAGUAGUCCGGGAUGAUAUGGGUAUUUUCCGAGGGGCUUGGUCCAGAAAGAUACCUUAUAUGUGCUCGGCUUUCCAUGGCGAAGCGGAGGCCUGUAGGGCUGGAUUGCUUAUGGCAAUACAUCAAGGUUGGAAGCAGGUGGAACUGGAAACCGACUGCGCUAUCCUAGUUACUGCCCUUAACCAGCAAAUGGAGGAUAACUCUGAGGUUAGUCGGAUUCUCGAUGAUUGUAAGAAUUAUUUACAUGAUUUUGAUUGGAUUAGAGUUCGACAUGUGUAUCGUGAAGCAAAUAGUGUGGCGAAUAGGUUGGCACACUUUGCUAGUCUAGAUCAUGUUGUGGAUCUUUGUUUAGAUGAGGCUCCUGCUUUUAUACAGGACGUUCUCUAUGAGGAUAAUUGUAACGCAACUAUGCUUGCUCGGGGUUCCGAUAAUUGUUAG